ACUCGAGUCGCUUCCGCCGGGGGUGGGGCCGCCCCGCAGCUGAGGGAGAAGUAAAGAGCGCGCGAAGGGAGAGACCGACCGGCCGAUUGAGCGGGCGGGCGGAGGGCGAGGCGGCGGCGAUCACCGACUCCGGUCCUCUCUUUCCUUUUCCCUUUCCCUUUCCCCUUCCUCCUUUCCUUCCUAGCUUCACCUCGCCGCCGCCGCCACCACCAUGGAGCUCAUUACUAUCUUGGAGAAGACGGUCUCGCCAGACUGCACCGAGCUUGAAGCGGCUCAGAAGUUCCUGGAACAGGCAGCCAUCGAGAACCUGCCUACUUUCCUUGUGGAACUGUCCAGAGUGCUAGCAAACCCAGGAAACAGCCAAGUUGCAAGAGUUGCAGCUGGUUUGCAGAUCAAGAACUCUCUGACAUCUAAAGAUCCUGAUGUAAAGACCCAACACCAACAGAGAUGGCUUGCAAUCGAUGCCAAUGCUCGCAGAGAAGUCAAAAAUUAUGUUUUGCAAACCUUGGGUACAGAAACCUACAGGCCCAGCUCAGCAUCACAGUGCGUUGCUGGCAUCGCCUGUGCAGAGAUCCCCAUGAAUCAGUGGCCUGAACUUAUUCCUCAGCUAGUAGCCAAUGUUACAAAUCAACACAGCACAGAGCAUAUGAAAGAAUCAACAUUGGAAGCCAUUGGCUAUAUUUGUCAGGAUAUUGAUCCAGAACAACUUCAGGAUAAAUCCAAUGAGAUUUUGACUGCCAUUAUCCAGGGCAUGAGGAAAGAAGAGCCAAGUAAUAAUGUGAAAUUAGCGGCUACUAAUGCACUCUUGAACUCUUUGGAAUUCACCAAAGCAAACUUUGACAAAGAGUCUGAAAGGCACUUUAUCAUGCAAGUAGUCUGUGAAGCGACACAGUGUCCUGAUACUAGGGUGCGAGUAGCUGCCUUACAGAACUUGGUGAAGAUUAUGUCCCUUUAUUAUCAAUACAUGGAAACUUAUAUGGGUCCUGCACUUUUUGCUAUCACAAUUGAAGCCAUGAAAAGUGAUAUUGAUGAAGUGGCUCUGCAAGGUAUAGAGUUCUGGUCAAAUGUCUGUGAUGAAGAAAUGGACCUGGCUAUAGAAGCUUCAGAAGCAGCAGAACAAGGACGACCUCCAGAGCAUACCAGUAAAUUCUAUGCCAAGGGUGCUCUCCAAUAUCUAGUCCCAAUUCUGACACAGACAUUGACAAAGCAGGAUGAGAAUGAUGAUGAUGAUGACUGGAACCCCUGUAAAGCAGCUGGGGUGUGCCUGAUGCUUCUGGCAACCUGUUGUGAAGAUGAUAUUGUCCCACAUGUUUUGCCCUUCAUUAAAGAACACAUAAAAAAUCCUGACUGGCGAUAUCGAGAUGCUGCUGUCAUGGCAUUUGGGUGCAUUUUAGAAGGCCCAGAACCCAACCAGCUAAAACCCCUUGUCAUUCAGGCUAUGCCUACUCUUAUAGAAUUAAUGAAGGACCCCAGCGUAGUAGUCAGAGAUACAACUGCAUGGACCGUGGGUCGGAUUUGCGAACUGCUACCUGAAGCAGCCAUAAAUGAUAUUUACCUUGCUCCACUGCUGCAGUGUCUAAUUGAGGGCUUGAGUGCAGAGCCAAGAGUGGCCUCCAAUGUAUGCUGGGCUUUCUCUAGUUUGGCAGAAGCUGCGUAUGAAGCUGCUGAUGUGGCUGAUGAUCAAGAAGAGCCUGCAACAUACUGCUUAUCUUCAUCCUUUGAAUUAAUUGUUCAGAAACUUUUAGAGACCACAGACAGGCCUGAUGGACAUCAGAACAACUUGAGGAGUGCUGCAUAUGAAGCUCUGAUGGAAAUUGUGAAAAAUAGCGCCAAGGACUGUUAUCCUGCGGUCCAGAAGACAACUUUAGUUAUCAUGGAACGGCUGCAACAAGUGCUCCAAAUGGAGUCUCAUAUCCAGAGCACAUCUGACAGAAUCCAGUUCAAUGAUCUUCAGUCUUUGUUAUGUGCUACAUUACAGAAUGUCCUUCGUAAAGUCCAGCACCAGGAUGCUUUACAGAUUUCAGAUGUGGUGAUGGCAUCUCUUUUGAGGAUGUUCCAAAGUACGGCAGGAUCAGGAGGUGUCCAAGAGGAUGCCCUCAUGGCUGUUAGCACUCUGGUAGAAGUGUUAGGAGGAGAGUUUCUCAAGUACAUGGAUGCCUUCAAACCUUUCCUGAGUAUUGGUUUAAAAAAUUAUGCUGAAUAUCAGGUCUGUUUGGCUGCAGUGGGUCUAGUGGGUGACUUAUGCCGGGCUUUGCAGUCCAACAUUCUGCCAUUUUGUGAUGAGGUUAUGCAGCUGCUUUUAGAAAAUUUGGGGAAUGAAAAUGUGCACCGGUCAGUUAAACCACAAAUUCUGUCAGUAUUUGGAGACAUUGCUCUUGCAAUUGGAGGGGAAUUUAAAAAAUACUUAGAAGUUGUACUGAAUACUCUACAGCAGGCUUCUCAAGCCCAGGUUGAUAAGUCUGAUUAUGAUAUGGUAGACUACCUGAAUGAACUGCGAGAGACCUGCCUGGAAGCAUACACAGGCAUCAUUCAGGGUCUGAAAGGAGAUCAAGAGAAUGUACAUCCGGAUGUGAUGCUGGUGCAGCCUAGAGUAGAAUUCAUCUUGUCUUUCAUUGACCAUAUUGCUGCAGAUGAAGAUCAUAGUGAUGGAGUCGUAGCCUGUGCAGCAGGACUGAUAGGGGAUUUGUGCACAGCAUUUGGAAAAGAUGUCCUCAAGUUGGUAGAAGCUAGGCCCAUGAUACAUGAACUGCUAACUGAAGGAAGGAGAUCAAAGACGAACAAAACAAAAACCCUUGCUACCUGGGCCACUAAAGAGUUGAGAAAACUGAAGAAUCAAGCUUGAUCUAUUACCAUUGGGAUGACACCUGAGACCCCCACUGGAAUUCUCCAAUCUAUCGAGGAAAAAAAACCCAACCCGAAGUGAGGAGUGUGCACGGAUGCUGAGUGUUUGGGAAUGAGAGGAUGAGUGAGUGAGAGGCUUAAACACACCACGGUGAAAAUCCAGCCACGGCAAAUGGCAGAACCGCUGUUAAUGGAGCUAAUCACUGACUUGCGUAGCAACAAAACCUUGUCAUCGCUUGCCUCCAGGAAGUAGAAAACGAUUGAGUUCUAUACUUCAGUGCAGUCUCUUCUGACAAGAGACAAGGACUAAUUCUGUGUCUUUUGGCCAGUGAAGAGGAAGAUUAAUUAGUCUGGGAGAGAGAAAAGCUAGCUUCAGGUUCAAUUUGAGUACUCAUAUAAUAAGGUCUGGCUUUCGUUGCUAGAGAGGAGAAGGUGGGGUCCCCAGCCCACCUCAGUCACCUUUUUUGGGAGGGAGGGGAGUUUUUGGCUGCACAACGCUGUCAGUGCACAAGAAAAAUGGGAAGGGUGAAGGAUUUUCUUUCAAGAGUGAGUGUGUGUGAAUGAGGCAGUAUCUACAUUCUCAAUUGCAGUUAAUCUUUCCCAAAAGAAACACUGAAGAGAUUAGCAGUUGCAUUUCAUAAACUAACAAGUUCAGUCUACUUGAAGUGGCAGAAAAGUAAGAGAUUUGAAGGGGGGAGGGGGGAACAGAAGUUGCCCCGCGUAGGGCUUCUUUAGGGAAUCGCAGGUGGGAUGUUCAAAGCUCCCGUCGUGACACUUUUUUCACAAUCUUGUUUCAUUAAAAAGCGCCUUUCCUUCCUGAAUUUUGUUCAACUGUGAAUGUAGAAACCCAGGGUGGGGUGGGGUGGGAGGCGGGUAGGGUGUCCAGAAGACUCUCACGUGUUAGCGAAGAGAUUAGGAUCCAGUUUUUCCAAAUGGGAUGUGAGGCUUUGAAACAAAACACAACUUUGCUUUGAAUUGGUGACAAUAAAAUCAAUCAAAAGGGACAAAGCCCCUUUUGGUGUGAACAAAGUAGCCCGAACCACACACAAUUGUGCCAAAGAAUUUUUAAAAAGUCUAAACAAACAAGAAAACCUUUCAGGAAAUAUUUUGGAUUGCAAAAAUGAGGUUGAAAUUCAAUGUUCAAACAAAGCAAAAAAAAGAUAAAAGAUAAAAGUACAAUUUGGAAACUGCUUGGCCUAUUCGUUCUCUUUAUUUGGUUCUGAUAUGGUGUUAGUCUUGCUGCACUUCAAAAAAGGAAAAUUUAUAUAAAUAUAUAUAUAUACUGACUUGAGCUUACACAGGAUGGCACUUGUAAAAGGUUAUAUUUUUCCACUGCAGUUGAAGAUUAAUAAAAUGGUGUCAAACAUUCCCCCCAGUACUACUAUUUUUUCUAUUACUCUUUCCAGUAAACAGGAAAUCCUCUUUUUUUUUUCAAAAACAAUUGGGCAGCUGUAUGCUACAUAUACUAUAUCUGUUAAAAAACCUAUAGUUUCAUAUAUUUAAAAAUUCUUCUGUUGCAUUAUAGCAAAUGGGCAGAGACAACUGUUUUCUAGAUAUUAAGGAUUCCUAAAAGCAGAGGGAAUGAGACACACCAGCUUCUAACUAUGCAGCUAUUGAUGCUUAGGGGCUUUUAAAAGAUGGGUGCUUUUCAUGCUUGCCUUGUAAAAUAGGGAAUCUAAUCCUUUCAAGAAGCAUUAAAUGAAAAUUUAAAAAAAACCCUCACCUCCCUUUUCUGUCUCUGUACUUUCUCAGGCUCAUCUUGGGAUUCUCUUUGGUUACCCAUCCUCAUUGGAAAGCAAGCAUGCCAGUUUCUUAUACAGGGUAUCUGAUGUGUGCCUUUCAGUGCCAGGUUCAGAAUUGUAGCCCCAAGUGCCGAUUUCUUGAACCAGUGUACAAAACAAAAACAAAAGACAAGACCAGGUGGCUAAGCAGGAAGUUCCAGCAUGAGUCUGAAAGAUGGGCUUUUAUGAACCUGGGUCCACCUUUUUCUUAAUGCCUUUUUUUCUUUGGGAUAGGGUUUUCUUUGAAAGAUGCCCACAAAACGAAAGCCAUUCCUGAACUGGGGAAAGGGGUGCGUGAAGGGAAGAUCUAAUCAUUCCUCAGUGCUACUGAACUCUGUCCAGUGUUGGCUAUUCAGCUGUAGGCUGCAGGCAAAUAAAGUACACUGAGUUAGUAGUGGAAA